CAAAAGAAAAAACCCAAAAAAGAAAAAAAAAAUCCCAAAAAAAUGAAAUAUUGCAUUGAUGCCCUCGGGCUUACAAGACUGGUAAUUUUUCUAGCAGCUUUUGCAGCCAUCUUCGCCGUAUCGCCGCCGGUUCCGGCCGAAAAGUCGCAAUUAGAGGGCUGGUUUUCGGAAAAUGUGAAGCCGUUUGCCGAUUGUAAGGCGGAACUUGAUCCGGCGCUUGUGGCUGCAGAAGAAAACGCCACCGUGGUUAAAGUAAGGGCCGACGGAAGUGGAGAUUUCAAGACUGUCACCGAAGCCAUUAACAGCGUGCCAGCUGGCAACACCAGACGUGUAGUGAUUUGGAUUGGAGAAGGAGUUUAUAAAGAGAAGCUUAAGAUUGAUAGAAAUAAGCCUUUUGUUACUCUUUAUGGGUCUCCUAAUAAUAUGCCUAAUUUGACAUUUGAUGGUGAUGCUGCCAAAUACGGCACCGUUUAUAGUGCUACCUUGAUUGUUGAGUCUGAUUAUUUCGUUGCGGCCAAUCUCGUCAUCGAGAAUUCAUCCCCAAGGCCAGAUGGGAUAAGAAAAGGAGCACAAGCAUUAGCAGCUAGACUGAUGGGCACAAAAGCCGCAAUUUACAAUUGCAAAUUCAUUGGAUUUCAAGACACCCUUUGCGAUGACGAAGGUUUACAUCUCUACAAAGAUUGCUUCAUUCAGGGCACCGUCGACUUCAUUUUUGGAAAGGGAACUUCCCUUUAUUUGAACUCUCGGUUAGAUGUGGUGGGAGACGGAGGAUUGGCAGUGAUCACAGCCCAUUCAAGAGAAGAAGAAUCAGACAGCAGUGGAUAUUCGUUUGCGCAUUGUAGCAUUACAGGAACUGGCGGCAAAAACACUUAUUUGGGAAGAGCUUGGAUGCCUAGAUCUAGAGUUGUCUUUGCCUAUACAACAAUGGCUGAUAUCAUUCAUGCUGAGGGCUGGAACGACAUGAACCAUUCCGGUUACGACGCUACGGUUUUGUUUGGAGAAUACAAGUGUUCAGGGCCGGGAGCAGAGCUGAGCGGACGGGUAAAAUACAGCAAGCAAUUGAGUGACGUAGAAGUGAAGCCGUUCAUUAGUCUUGGUUACUUGCAGAGCGAGAAGUGGUUGCUUCCUCCUCCCAAUCCUCAAGUUUAG